UGUUCCCUGAUUGGUUACAAUUAAUAACCGGACCAAACAGUUUAGCAGCCAUGCAUUACGUUUUUAGUUAUGUUUAGUAGCUAGCUAGCUUGGUUCUUAACAACUCACUGAAAUAGCACACUUCAUUUGUAAGAGGUCUUCUACCAUAGAGAAAUCCUGAUUGCCAAGUCAUGAUUCAGGUAGAGACAGGAGUCUACAUCGGGGCAGCAUCUGACCUGAAAGAUGCCCAGGACCUGACCAAUGCUGGCAUCACCCACAUACUCACAGUGGACUCAGAGCAGCCAGCUUCACCUGAUGGGCCAUUUAGGAUGAAGUAUGUCUAUUCCCUGGACGAGUCCUCCACAGACCUACUCAGCCACCUUGAUGACUGCCUACGCUUCAUAUCUGAUGCUUGCGAGGCAUCAAAAUCUGUCCUUGUGCAUUGCCACGUAGGGCAAAGUCGGAGUGCGGCGGUGGUGACUGCUUACUUGAUGAAAUGUCAUAAAAUGAACUUUGGCGAUGCCUAUGCCAAACUCCAGCAACUUAAACCUGAUGUAAAGAUGAAUGAGGGGUUUGUGGACCAGUUAGCACUAUAUGAGUCAUUGGGUUGUGAAGUAGAUGUCACCAGCCCCCAGUACAAGCAGUACAGACUCCAGAAACUCACAGAGAAAUACCCAGAGCUUCGGAAUGUCCCAAAGGAGUUGUUUGCAGUGGACCCUUACCUAAGCACCUGUUCUGAGGUGGUAUACAGGUGUAAGAAAUGUCGACGGACACUGUUCCGCGCCUCCAGUAUCCUCGGUCACACUAUUGGCAAUGGACCGACUGCUUUUGCCUAUAAGAAGAUGAGUAAACUACCGAUUGGGGACCAGACCCAAUGUACUUCCUACUUCACUGAGCCUGUCCAGUGGAUGGAACAGGCCUUGUUAGGGGUGAUGGAUGGACAGAUCUUGUGCCCAAAGUGUAGCUCCAAGUUGGGCUCAUUCAGCUGGUGUGGGGAGCAGUGUUCCUGUGGUCGAUGGGUGACUCCAGCCUUCCAGAUGCAUAAAAACAGAGUGGAUGAAAUCAAACACAUCAGUAUAGCCACACUCAAAUCAUGAAAAUGUCAAAAUGAUUCAUAUCUGUAAUAAAUUUCUCAGAAUA